CUCAGAAUGUGUAAUAUUCGGCAGGUCGCGGACUGGCUGCACUCAGAGGACAAAAUAGUAUUGGAACGUGAAGAUUUGUUUGUUAUCGAGAGAAGAAAGGGACAAAACAAAAGCGUUUGGUGAUUUCUCGCUCUUUGUUUUUGGUGAGAAAUGACGUGUAGAGGGCAAGAGGGUGACGGCCGCCAGGUGUAAGACUGCUGGUGGCAACAGUGACGGUGUUGGGACUGUCUCAAGUGAAAAUAUUGAUGGUGUGUGACUGAGUGGAGGUCUUUUGUCUUGGUGAUCAGCUGUGUGAUGACCGAGCUGAGAGGCCUGUGACCCUGUCGCUGGCACAUUCCCCCCUUCUCUCUGACCACCCCGGGCUCGGGAUCUUACUCCUCACGCGUCUAACAACCCACACUACAAACAAACCACAUUUCUAAGAAUAUCCGCCAUUAGAACCUACAAAAGUAUGGUAUGCAUAUUAAGGCCUCGAAGCUUAAGACUGGAGUUAAGGAAUGUUUUUUGAGCAUCAUUUGAAACUGGCUCAACAGCUGCUCCUGUGGCAUGAAGAUCUGGCUUGAGACUAUGAAAAAGCUUGGCUCUAAACUGAAAAACUUAAGAUUAUUUAGAACUCCAGUUAAAUGGCAGUCAAAAUUAAUCUUACAUGAAAAUGUAUGGUCUUAACAAUGAAAUACAGUAUGAUAAAAAUCUGUGAGUGAUUUACAAGAUAGUGCAUUGGCCUUGUAAUUCUGAAUGUAAUGCAGAUGAAAAUAAGCAGCAUUAAGUAUUUUUCAGUCAUAAGUUGGAAAAUAUGACUAGAGUGUGGAAGAUUUGCCCUAGCCAUCUGCAGGACAAAAAAUUUGUGUGGCAGGAGACUGUCCCAAUUUGGAAAUUGUGUCCCAGUAGUACCUGCAGUUUUCUAGCCUAAGGAGCUUGUGCAUUGUGGCCACCAACUGUAAGUGCCUGUCCUACUCCUCUUCCUUUUCCUCAUCCUUAUCUUCUUCUUCCCCCUCCUCUUGUGACUCUUCGUCCUCCUCUUCCACCCCAUCCACUUUGUCCUUUUCUUCAUCCUAUUCCUCUUGCCUCUUUUCCUCUGUCUCUUCUCCACCUUUCUCUUCCUCCACAUCCUGGGCCCCACCACGCUGCACCAUUACAGCUCAACAAAUGUUUGAUUGGGAGGAAGGGGAUCGUUUCUCCUUUGAGGACUCGGAGCGAUUUGAAGAGGACUCAUUAUGUAGCUGGAUCAGCGAGCCCGAGUCCCUCUGCAACAACUGGAGGGGUUGGAAGCGUUCUGAAAAAAUUGCUUCCCUCCUAUAUGGCCGUGCUAGAGACCAAGAUGGCGGAGUACAUUCACUCACAGAGAUGUGUGCACGCACAGUGGCAGCACAUAUCCCUUUUGAAGUGGUGGAGCAGAUGAUGCCACCUGUCCCUGAACAAUUGCAGCUUCUUAUUGCAUUUUGGAGUUUCCCAGAAAAUGAAGAAGACAUUCGGCUCUAUAGCUGCUUGGCUAAUGGAAAUGCUGAUGAAUUUCUCCGUGGAGAAAAUCAUUACAAACACAAGAGUGUUCAUGAUCCCCUACAAAUUGGGUUUCACCUGAGUGCAACUGUAGUAGUAUCUUCAUCUGGUACAAAAGGACAGUUUAAUGUGGCUGUUACAUUUGACCGAGGCAGGAUCACCACCUGCAACUGUACCUGUUCAGCAAAUGCCUCUUGGUGUUCCCAUGUGGUGGCUGUAUGCCUUCACAGAAUUCACCAGCCAAGCCAGGUUAAGCUUCGUGCCCCAGUCAGUGAGUCAUUAUCGAGACUACAAAGAGACCAGCUGCAAAAAUUUGCUCAGUACCUCAUCAGUGAAUUGCCACAGCAAAUUUUACCUACUGCACAGCGACUCAUUGAUGAAAUCCUCUCUAGUCAGACAUCUGAUAUCAACACUGUUUCUGGAGCUCCGGAUCCAACUGCAGGUGGCUCGGCAAAUGAACAGAUGGCCUGGUGGCUGGAUGAAAGCAAUUUACAUGAAAAUAUUCACAAAAUCUUGGUCAAAUUUUGUGUUCCAUCACCAAUUGUCUUCAGUGAUGUCAACUAUCUUAGUUCAACUGCACCACCUGUUGCGGCAGAAUGGGCAUCAUUGUUGCGGCCAUUGAGAGGACGUGAGCCUGAAGGAAUGUGGAAUCUACUUUCUAUUGUCCGUGAAAUGUUCAAAAGAAAUGACCGAAACUCCAUCCCAUUAUUAGAAAUAAUCACAGAAGAAUGCUUAGCGACUGAGAAGAUCUUGGUGUGGUGGGUGAAUACAAAGGUUGCACUACACUUGGGCAGUUCUGGCCAUGGAGGUAAAAACAACAUGAACUCCAAUAGCCAUGGGAGUCAGUAUGCCUGCUCGUCACUCUGUGAUGAGAUUGUUGUCUUGUGGCGCUUGGCAGCACUCAACCCAGCACUCUCGCCUCAGGAAAGAGAACAACUUAUUGUACAAUUUAAAGGAUGGCAUCUUAAGGUUUUAGAGAAAGUUGCUAAAAGCAAAGAGGCAGGGAGUAGCAGUGGCAGCGGAAGCAACAAGCGAGUCACUGAUGGAGAUGUUUUUCCAGGGUUUAAACCUUCAUUAGAAGCAUGCCAGCUUGACUGGAGUGAUUAUCCUCUUCCAGGUGUCACAUAUUCACGUACAGCAUCUCGAUACUACUGCCCAGUUAUGUGUUUUAGACAUGAUUCUCGACAUGAGUCUCAAGCUGCACCCAUUUCUGCCCCACAUCCAAGAAAUCCAGCCUCACAUGCUGGACCAAAGCGUCCUUCUGAGCGCCGUGUGUUAAUUAGUCCUGGAAAUCCUGGUGAUCUUGACAACCUUCCAGGAAAUGUUCCACUUGCUGGUCCCAGGCACAGUGGCCAUCGUAGUAGUAGUGUUAGCAGUGAGGGAUUUUGCGAUAAUGACAUGGGACGAGACAGUGACUCGCCACCAGAUCAACGAUCUCCAGAGCAAGUUGAUUCAGGUCAAGUGUCACGUCAGAGUUCCAGAGAAGAGCGCCCCAUGGCUGCACUUGGAUUAGUAGCUGUCGUUGGACGCUCUAGAGAUGAGCGUGACAAGUCUUCCCCUGAUGAUGGUGGGGUUGAAUCUGACUGGUCAGGUGUAGCUGAGCCAGUUAGACAUCAGAGAAGUCGAGGAGGUAAUAGAGGACAGCGGUCAAGAGACCUCCAUGGAACAGAUGAAUAUGAAGUGUAUAUGUACAAUGCCAACUUGGUAGGAGAUGGAAAUAUGGGUAAUGAUGGUGGAGUUUGUAGUAGAGGAGCAGAAAUUUUUAGCAAUCUUAAAAAAUUAGAAGAUCCCCUUGAAAUAUUGUUUGCCCGAGCAGAAGGCUUACAUGCACAUGGUCAUCUUCAGGAGGCUUCAGAACUUGCAGUACAGCUUUCCCAUGAGUUACUGGCUAAUCCUCCAAAUUUGAUGAUAGACAUUCCACCUCCUCCCAGUAAGGGAAAACGUAAGAAGGUGAACCCUGCAUCUCAUCACUUAACGUGUUUGGCCUCGGCUACCUUGGGAAAAUGUGCCUUCCUCUGUACUGUUUUAGCAGAAAAUCCUGAACACACCCAUUUAGCUUUCCAAGUAGCCAUGUUUGGCCUGGAAAUGGCACGGCCUCCAGCGUCCACAAAGCCCCUUGAGGUAAAAUUAGCUAACCAGGAGAGUGAUCUAGUGGCCCUCCUUAAACGCCUACCUCUUGGGCCAUUAGAAUUGGCUGUGAUUCGUGACAAGGCAGAAAAGAUGAGAUCAGGCAUGCUCAAGACCCGAGGUGAAGCACUCCUACCACUGAUGUUGGCAUCCUUCCUUUUUGAUGCUCUUGUUAUUGCUGGAACAGCUAAAGGUUGUAUUGGAGGACAAAGUUACCGCCAGCCUCUGGAUGAAACACUUGGUUUUGAUGCUGCUGUUGCUGCAAUUGGUAUGAAAGCCAAUGUUUGUGAGGCUGACCAUCCUCUUCUCUGUGAAGCCACCAGAAGACAGAGAGGAGAGUUAGCACUUACUCUCUUGACACACUACAAGGAUGACCAAGAUCGACUGGCUCGCAUUAUGGACAAGCUUCUGGAUAAGGAAGUCCAUCAGAUGUAUAAAGCUCCUUCCUUACCCACAUAUUAUGUCAAUAAUGCUCCUUGUCAGACGAGCAGUAGUGGAGUUGAUGGUGAAUCAGGCAGUAUUCGAGUUGCAGAGUCUCCUGGUGGGAGCACAGUUUCUGGUGGCACGAUUACAUUACCUCCAAUGCAGGGAAUUCACAUGGGAGUGCCACAUGCUGGCCGCCCAAAUCAGACAGCAGGCUCUAUGCAUCAACAAGCUUCACAGCAGUGUUUGCAGAGACAGCAUUCUUCAGGAAUAUCAGGAGCUGAUGUGGAAGGGUCCAUGGUUCGUCUAAGCCUCUCCCCGUCCCAACCCUUAGGUGGGGCACGACCCAAGGAUGGACCACCUUCCAGGUUUAUUGAGGGUGAGGAAGGCGAGAGCCCCAGUUGGGAGGAUGAUUACAAAGCAUGGGAAGAGAAAUGUGCUGUGGGCAAGCAACGAAAAAAGCGGGCCCCGGCGUGUACCUUAGAAACUACCUCAUCUGGUGUAGAAGAUAAUUCACCAACUCCUGUUCGGUGUGUAGCGUGGAUCAAGUCAACUGGACCCGGCUCAGACUCGGGCUCCUCUGGCAAUUCCUCUGAUAGUAUAGGUUCAUUUUCUAGUGGUGACAAAAUCUGCAGCCUAGAAGUAAACAAACCAGUUGAAUCUCCACCACUUGGAUUUUCAUUGGUUCGGCCGGUUCAACAACCAACUCCUGAAAGCACUGCAGCACAGCCUAGACCACAGCCAGCAUAUGGAAAAGGUGUUCGCUUUAAGGGUAAAAGAGCAUACCCUACUGUUCCCAAUCAGCCAUCAGAAGCAAGUGCUUAUUUCAUGUUUGAAUUGGCUAAAACAGUGCUAAACCGAGCUGGGGGUAAUAGCAGUACGUCACUGUUUACACAGGCUAGCAGUUCCCAGAACCACAGAGGUCCUCAUCGACCACUGCACAUGUGUGCAUUCCAGAUUGGUCUUUAUGCUCUUGGCCUACAUAAUUGUGUCAGCCCCAACUGGCUCUCGAGGACAUACUCAUCUCAUGUCUCAUGGAUUACAAGCCAAGCAGUUGAGAUUGGUUCAUCAGCAGUGUCAUUUUUGAUUGACACUUGGGAAGGACAUUUAACUCCUCAGGAGGCAGCAUCUAUUGCUGAUCGUGCAUCUCGUGGCAGAGAUGCUCUCACUAUAAGAGCAGCAGCAAGACUAGCACUAUCUUGCUUACCCCAUGCUCAUGCACUCAAUCCAAAUGAAAUUCAAAGAGCAAUCAUACAGUGCAAAGAGCAGAGUGAUGCUAUGCUGGAAAGUGCCUGCCUUGCAGUAGAGGGUGCAGCAAAGGGCGGCGGUGUAUAUCCUGAGGUCCUGUUCUCAGUGGCCCGACGAUGGUACGAGAUUUAUGAAACUCGCACUCGUCACCAGGCCCGACAUCAAGCCAGAACGGGGGGUUGCCACCAUGCAGUGGUAGAUCAACCCUUUGUUGAUCCUGGAGGAGCUCAUGACCUUCCUCUGCCACCACCACCUCCAAUUAAUCCUCCUACUCCACCCAGUCAGCAACAGCAGCAACAGCAACAGCAACAACAACAGCAGCAGCAGCAGCAGCAGCAGCAACCACCACCACCCCUUCAACAAAUGGACCAACAGGCUCAGCAAGGACUUCAUCCACCGGUUUCUGUUGGAGUGACUGGGAAUGGUGGUAAUGGCACAAUAGUAGGAGUUACUGGGUACCCAGUAGCUGCAACAGCACCCUCUGUUCCCUAUGGCAUACCUGGCAUUCCUUACCCUCUUGGCUACAACUACAUCCAGGGGUUAACUACCAGUGUAUCCUGCAUCAAUCCUCAAAUGCCUAUGCAGAUGUACAUCCAGCCACCUGGUGUUCCUUUUAGUGGAGCACAAGGGGUAUCCCAACCUUUGCUGCCUCCACCACCUCUCCAGUACUACCCUCCAGUGUCUAUACCCUCCACACUUGCACAGAAUGGAAUGCCAGGGAAUGGAGGACUGGCUGCAAGUCUUUCUUCAGGUGUACCAGGGGGACAACAGAGCCUGAAUACUCAGCCACCUCCUCUUACUGCCGGUCCACCUCCUCUCUCUCAACAACCUGCACUCCUGCCAGGCAAUACUCCUCCAACACAGGGCUUCUACUCACUACCUUACUCGGGUGGAGUUGGUAGUGGAGGUGUCUCAACAGCUGGGUUUAUAGGAGGUCCUCAGCCAGGUGCUCUGCUCUCAUGGGUCAGAGCCCAAGGUCCUCACAUCGUCCAACAUUCACCUCACCAGGCCCAGCUUCCUCCACGGCCCACUUCACAACCACAGCAACAGGUUGGUGGUCUAGUUGGUGGUCAGCAGGUGAAUAAUACUGGUUCUAUGCACUAUUUGCUAAGUUCUUACCGUGUUGGUAUGUUAGCACUGGAAACUCUAGCCAGGAGAGUCCAUGAUGAUAGACCGCAAGCAAAAUACGCCCGAAAUCCACCUUACGGAGAGGACGUUAAAUGGUUGUUAGGAGUGGCUAAAAAGCUCGGUCAGCAAUACCUCCAUCAGUUUUGUAUGUGCUCAGUGAACAGUGUAGUGUCACCAUUUGUUCUGCAAGAGCUGGCAGUGGAAGCAGCACAUUAUUUAGCUCGCCAUUCACCUGCAUUAUUUCACCAGCAAUUAAGAUCACCCAUCUUACAACCUCUUGUGCAGAAGUGCCAGCAAAUGUUCCUCCAGUGUACCCAUCUCAAAAUGUACUAUAUUACUCCAACGGAAUAUGAUGAAUUCAUAUCCAUUAUCCUUGCUGCUCGCUCGGCAUACCAAAUGACUCCAGGUGGAAUGGUCCAGUUUAAUGAACUCUUGCAGGCUCUCAGAAGGUCCAAGUCAUGUAAGAAAGAGCUGUGGACAAGAAUCACAAAUGCACUUCAACAGUCAGCACCAGUAUGACCUCAGUCUUGUCUAGGUCCUUCUGGAGAAAGCUGGGGAAGCGCAUCAGUGGUAAGACAUGGUGUUUCACUAAUGUGAGUGAAUUAAGGUAUCAGUGACAUGUAGUUGUCCCUUUACAUUAUGAACUGAAACUCUUGUGAUGAUUUGCAAUUUAUUUGUAAUGUUUAAAAAACAAAAUUACCUAAAGAAAAAGUGUGAACUAGAUUAACAUUUAACUUUUAACUGUUAGAUAGAAAUUAACAUUACAAGGGGUCUUGAAAGGUUAAUUUAAAUCUUAUGUUUUUGCAGCUGAAAAAUCCUUCAUUGCAGCUAUAAAGAAAAGUAUCUUAUUCUGUUGGCAGAAACAUUGUCUACAAAUUUUUGUGAAAUAUCCAUAAAUACUGAACAUCAAAAAAAAAAAGAAAAAAAAAUUAUAUACAUUAUACAGUGUGUGUAUGUAUGUAUGUAUGUAUGUAUAUAUAUAUAUAUAUAUA